UUUGAUCCCAGCACCUUACGCUUUCUUCGUUUUUUCUUUUAUUUUUGAAAAUCCUCCUCCAAAACGUUACCGUUUCAUUUUCCUCACAAAAUUUUCAAAAUAGAAAUUCUAUGUUCGGCGUUCGGUUUCUCUGGUGAACCAGGUCAGCUUCACUCGAAAAUCCAGAUCGAUCGCGUCGAAAGUCGAAACUGAUCUGUUUCAAUGAACUAAAACUUUGAUUUCUGAAAGACGAGUCUCUUGCGCGGUAGUUUAUCAGAGGAAAGCAAUGGCGACGACAGCUUGUUUUAUCAUCGUAAGCCGGAAUGAUAUCCCUAUAUAUGAAGCUGAAGUUGGAUCUGCUGCUAAAAGAGAAGAUGCUGCUCAGCUGCAUCAAUUCGUAUUACAUGCAGCUCUAGAUAUUGUUCAGGACCUUGCUUGGACUACUAGUGCCAUGUUCUUGAAAGCAGUUGAUAGGUUUAAUGAUCUGGCGGUGUCAGUAUAUGUGACGGCAGGUCAUACACGAUUUAUGCUACUUCAUGACUCACGCAACGAUGAUGGAAUCAAGAGCUUUUUCCAAGAUGUUCAUGAGCGUUAUAUAAAGACUCUUCUCAAUCCCCUCUAUUUGUCUGAUUCACGCGUUACGUCAUCACAUUUUGAUACAAAAGUUCGUGCACCAGCUAGAAAUUAUCUGUAGAGGCUUCCCUGUUUGGGAUUAUGCACGGGACCUUUUGCCAUUCAACUUUUAAAGCUUCAAACGUUGGGUUCCUGGAGGCUUCAAUAUUUGGGAUUGGGUCAUUGGAGCUUCGGCGGUUGAACUUUCAAUUUUCCAAGAUUAGGUUCUGCCGACAUUUUUUCAUAAUUUUAAUUGGAGUUUUUUUAUGAAGAUAUCCCUUGAUUGUAAAGAUUAGUGUUUAAAUUCUAUGCUGAUUAGAUAUCAGAUAUAUGCCUUAGGCUUGCUAAUCAUGCUGGAAUAUGUGCUCCUCAAGUCCAUUGUAGUUUCAAAUAGCUUUUGUACCUUGAUUUUCAAAUGUUUCAGCAGCAAACGGUUAAGAUUCGCGUG